GAAUUUGCUGAAUAGAAUUCAGCUGUCAAGUAGCCAAUCGUAGAACAUUCCGAAAGGUCGCAAAUUCUUUCUGUCAAAUAUUUCUGUAAUCUGUCAUCCGUGUGUGGGAUCUGAAGGCAAGUUAAUCCUUAAAUAUUUAGAUUAAAAAGCAAAAUGCCAGAAUUGACUGAACUUAAGCAAGACGCUGCCCCAAGCACAGCCACAGAGGCCGAAGCUCGCAUCGAGGAUGACGCCAGCGACGUUGAGUCAGAAGAUGAGGACACCAUCCCAGACUUGGAGGAUGCCAGCAACACAGCCACACAAUUGGGUGGCGGAGUGACUGGUCUGCCCAUGGACAUGGUGUCGAAGGCCAAACAGUCGCGUGGAGAGAAGAAAGCCCGGAAAAUCAUGCUCAAGCUGGGAUUGAAACAGAUCCAAGGAGUCAACAGAGUUACGAUCCGCAAGUCAAAGAACAUCCUGUUCGUGAUCAACAACCCAGACGUGUACAAGAACCCACACAGCGAUACGUACAUUAUCUUCGGCGAGGCCAAGAUCGAGGACUUGUCGCAGCAAGCUCAACUUGCCGCCGCCGAGAAGCUGAAGGAGACCGCGCCUGGAGCAUCAGACACCGCUGGCGCCACGACAUUCGUCCCACCGAUCGCCGAGGAAGACGAGGAGGAAGUGGACGAGACCGGCGUCGACGAGAAGGACAUUGAGCUGGUGAUCUCGCAAGCGAACACAACCCGCGCCAAGGCCAUCCGCGCUCUCAAGAACAACAACAAUGACAUUGUCAAUGCAAUCAUGGAGCUGACUAUGCUGUAAGGUCGGAGGCGUGCCUGAAAGGGUGACUGCCAUCGCCGGGCACCGUCUCCGAAUUUAGAUUGGCUCGUUAAAAUAGUUUGGAUAUUUUAAUCAAUGAGUAACGGAAUAGAAUAACGUCUUUCGCGGAAGUAAUUGCUAAUUAAGCUUAAUUAUUAGGAGAUAUGGAGUACCACCCACUUGCAAGCGUGUUUAUUCAUUGUAUUAUCUCAAAAGUAAAAUUGUUGAUCGUGAGGAACCAUUGAUAGGGGAAAUCCUGCAUUUGGGACGCACGCUUGGUCAUGCGUUAAUGAAAUUCAUACAUAUUAAUAAACAAAUUAUAAA